UGCUCGCAGACUCGGGCAGCCGGUUUGCUCAGCGUGGAGCUGCACGUCGAUCUGUGGAUUUACUGAAGCAGUGCAAUAUGGACACAAAGGCUUAUCUCUGUCCAGAGUGUCUGAAACAACGCAGGAUCCAUGGAUUAAUGCAUUUGUGGAGCGAUCCUCGAUAUGUAAUGAAAACAAUGUCUGAUGAGACAGAACAGAGAAUGUGCGACGAGGAUUUUGGUUCGGACGAGGAAGGCGAGGAGGGAGACGUGGAGUCUUACCUGGAGGACAACAGCAGCGAGCUCAUGGACCGACUGAGAGAGCUGGAGGCAGAGAAUUCAGCUCUCGUGCUGGCCAAUGAGAGUCAGAGAGAAGCUUACGAGAGAUGCUUGGAUGAGGUUGCCAACCAUGUGGUCCAAGCUCUGCUGAAUCAAAAGGAUCUGAGGGAGGAGUGCAUCAAGCUGAAGAUGUUGGUGUUUGACCUGGAGAGACAGAACCGAGCGCUGUGUGAGCUUUUUCAGCAGAAACUACCCAACCACCCCACCGCUCACUACCAGGUUCAGGCGGGACCGCUCCCAGACUACAAUGCACAGCUGCACAAUGACUCGGCCAAACAGGUGGAGCCGGCACAGACUGAAGCACAAGCCAAGGGAAAUGGCUACCGCACACAACAUGCCUCGCCGGGCCCUCGUGGCCCCGCCGCCAACAUGGAGGCCCUGUCUCCCUUCUUCAAGAAGAAAGCACACAUCCUGGAGGUCCUGCGCAAGAUGGAGGAGACGGACCCCCUCAAGUUCCACCCAUCCACGACGAGCUUGUCUUUCUGCGACUACAGCCAGGUGCUCAUGUCCACAGAGGCUGUUUUGGCUUCUGCGGACCCCUCCCGCUGCAGGGGGAACACCUGCUGUUUACACUGCAAGAGGAGCCCAGAGAGCCCUCCAAAGCCAUGCAACCAUGUCUGUAGUCCUUCAAAAGCCACCCAGAGCCAUAUAGUUCCUGCAGCUGCUAUGAGUGAAUGUCACAGUAAGACCAGAGCGGGAGAGUCUAAACAGAGCACCAAGAAUGAAGCCAACCAGCAACCAGCGGGCGCCGCCGCCCACUCAUCCAUCGCAGAAGCAGCCAGUCAGAAUCUGGAAGGAGAGGAGGAUAACUCGGAGCUAAACGCUAGUGCCUCUGAAGAGCUCACUGGUUUCUGUGCCACCUCCCACCUGCCUAGUUCUGCACAGGAGGCCCACUGUGACUUGGAUACAAGCGAUGGCGUUCCCAAUGGUUUGGCGCUCUCAUUUGGUGAUGAACCCUCAGCCGUCCCUGAGAAAGACGGCACAGAUCCGGAGGCUUCCUGUGUAAGAGCCAGCGCAUCCGUCAGCCCCAGUCCCUCCUGUCUCAGCGACGUUAAAGCCGCUGCUAUCAACUCCCCAUCCAAACUGCUCAAGUUCUUAAAGAUUCCCUCGAUGGGGGAGAAGUCGCAGGCUCCCACCUCUUCUGUCCGCCUGAGCCCUCAGCUCACUCGCAACUCCAGGAUCCCCUGCCGCACCAAUAACUACGAGGUUUACCACUCGCCUGUUCCCACACGCAGAGCGACCACCACUGAGAGGUGCAGGCAGCCCCCUCCUCCACCCGCCCGGUCCGAGUCGUACCCCGCCACACACUCGGCACCAACUUCUCCACAGCCCGAAGACACCUGCUCCCCACCCGCUAAGGAAAUAAGCUAUAGCAGCCUGUCUGCACCUAAACCCACUGUGGGCUCAAAGAUCGGCGCUCCCUCCUCCUCACCCAAAGUUUCUCAGAGGGUCCCUCAUUAUGAAAAUGUCUGUGACAUGUCCAUCGGCUCUAAAGAGGAGGAACCAACCCAGGGUCAGGAGAAAAGAACCACUCUUCCAUCUCAAACUAAGGCAAACGCUGGUGAGAGGAAGCUUGUUAAAUCGCUACCAGAAAGCGUCCUGAAUCCCGCGCCUCAGCGAAAGCAGUCGUCCUCAUCGACAUCAGAGUCUACAUCAGAUGAUGAAGAGGAUUCAGACAGCCCUGUGUGGGUUAAUCAUCACAGCCUACCCAACUCCUCUGCCCUCAGCAAAGCUCAGAGCAAAACUAACUACUCACAAACCAGAGAGAAGCAGGAUGGGCACACACGGGAGGUGAACAUAGCGAGCUCUGAGGUCACUCAGGGUCCGCCUGCACCUCCAACCAGGAGGAGUGACUCCUCGUCCAUUCCCAAGAGGCCUACGGUUGGGGCGGCGAGAUCUCAGGCCGACUCGAGUCACCACGCUUUCAAAGACAGACUGGCUGCGCUCGGCAAGCUGAGGAGCUCGGAGGAUUUACAAGGCGGCCUCAGGCCCACUGAUGCGGUGAAUGAAGGCACCUACGGAGAAGAAAGAGGCAAGACGGCAGAGAUCCACAAGGAGGAACAGAGACAUUCAAAGUUCACAGACUCUUCGGACGGUAAGCCUAAAGGUAGCAGUGGUGGUUUGAAGUAUCCGGGGUCAUCUCAGCUCUAUGAGCAGCCAGUAAAAUCUUCUGGUCCCGCACUGGUUAAACAAGAACUCUGUGUGACCAAGCCAGAGGGACCGAAGAGUAAAAUGGGCCUGCCGUCACCCAACACAGAUGCUCCCCAGGUACUACGCAACAACAUCAAGUGUCCUGGCUCCCUGAAUCUGGCCUACAACGUUAAAGCCAGCAUCGCUCCUCACAGUAGCAACAGCCCCAACAAAAUCCCUCCAAAGUCACCGUCCAAACCUUGCCAAGGCCCGUCCGUCCACAGAGGGGGCAAGUCCGCAGAGGCCCCGCGUUACUCGUCCAAGUCAGAGGAGAGGACCAAGAUCAGCGGGAAAGGGAAAAAGAAUCCAAUGUACGGAGACAGCCUCCCGCCUCCUCCUCCGAGACCUCCGGCAUCUGAGGUGGAGAAGCCGUCGCUGCCGGUCCCCACCCUGCAAUCCGCCAUCGAGCAGAAGGUGAUGAAGGGCAUCGAGGAGAACGUGCUGAAACUUCAGGAGCAGGACAGAGGAGGGCAGGGCGGAGAGGUCAAGCAGAAGGCCUCCAACGGCAUCGCGAGCUGGUUCGGCCUGAAGAAGAGCAAACUCCCCGCGCUGAGCCGCAAGACCGACGGCACUAAAGCAAAGGAGGAGAAGAAGGAGUGGAAGAUAAACAUUCCCUCGGUCGGCAGGGACUCUGUGAAAAUGGCCUCCAGGUGUAAAGAAGGCGUGGAAGGUCUGAACAUCUCGACUCUGAUGGAGAAGGCCGAGGGGCUGAGGAGAGCCCUGGAGGAGGAGCGGGCCUAUGUGGAGAGAUCAGGCAGGGGUCACUCGUGUGAGGUGGUGAUGGAUCAAGCUCAGGGACAGCUGGCGGUCAUGUACAGGGGAGCGCGCUCUGACAACUUCAUGCAACAGCUGCUAAACAGAGUGGACGGAAAGGAGAUGAUCAGCGUGCCGCGACGGCUGUCGUUCGACUGUAAGACGUCGAAGCCGGUGUUCACCCAGCAGAGCGACAUCAUCAGUCACACCACCAGUCACGACGACAUGGAGAAGGGAUCAGAAAGAAUCGGCAAGAUCACAUCAGAUGAAAACCUCGCAGAUUCAGUUCACUCUCAACACUUUGCAGGCUCCGGUGCUUCCACCUACACCCUGGACAGCGGCAUCGGUACGUUCCCUCUGCCCGACUGCAGUAGCGGUGUAGCUGCACGGGGCCUGUCUAAGACGAAGGGCGGAGCCGAGCACCACUCCGGCGGUGGCUCCCCAGGGAGAGCCGGACGGCGAGCUCGCACCCUGGACAGAGAGCUGACAUCACAGGAGGACUGCUACGCUCCACACAAGCAGCUGAUUCCCACCAUUCAGUACGGGUCCGUGUUGGAGGGAAGAGGCUCAGCCGGCGUCAUCCGCGAAGACAAAGAGGCACAUGGAGGGAACAUGUUUUCGCCUCGCUCCAAGACUUGGACUUUCCCCAACCUGAAGACUCCAGCAGGACCUGCGGAGGUGUACCUGGCAGUGGAGGAGGAAGAGGAGGAGGCGGUAUCCUUUGGAUCACCAUUCAGAGGGAGCACGAAGGCCAGCGGCCCCUCCUCCAGCCGGGUGGUUGAUCCAGGCAGCCUGCCCGUCCCCGCCCAAUCGGGCAUGAGCCGCCGGGGAAAGACGCGCACACCCAGCGUCCCCGAGAUGAGCCGGGAGGCCGGGCUGGAGCUGCUCAGGGAGCGGCCAGAGGAAGCCCUAUCCCCAAGUCGCCCUCAGGUCCUGGAGACUCCAGAGUCUCUGAGCGAUUCUCUGUACGACAGUCUGUCAUCCUGCGGCAGCCAAGGAUGAAGCAGCCAAGGACGGGAGGAGGAGAGGGAGGAGGAGGAGGACGACGACGGGGAGGACGCGUCUCCUGGUCGAUGGCUGCGCUGAGAUGCUGCUGAGGAAAAGAAGACUGCUCCCCGUCGACAUCCGCGAAGAAAAAACUGGUGACGUCUCAUCAGCUGUUGUAACUGGAAAGAUGGAUUGAUCUCCUCAGGAUUUCCAAUAAACGUGAAGCCAAAAGCCACCCAAAUCGUAUAGGUUGUU